AUGACGCAUUCAAAGAAGACAUAUGACUCUUUCCAAGAUGAACUUGAGGAUUAUAUACAAGUGCAGAAAGCCAGAGGCUUAAAACCAAAGACUUGUUUCAGAACAAUGAGUGAGGGCUAUUUAGAAACCUUUGGGUACAAAGAAGAGGUUGAUUCCAGACCCAGAUACAGAAUGUCUAAUCAAGCACUCCCAUCUGAAACUGUCCAGACUUACACACGGUCAUACAAUAUUCCACCAACAUUGGAAAACCGGUUACCUCAGCGGCUACCAGCUCAUGACAGCAGACUGAGACUAGACUGUCCAGGCUACUGUCAACUCACCAGGGACUAUUCCUUAGAAAAACCAGUAGCCUUGGACCUUAGUCAGCAAGAAUUGAAUUGUGGCUCAUACAGUGGAGAACCUGGAGGUUACAAGCACUUCUCAGAAAACAGUACCAGUGCCCAUCAAGCCAGUCGUAAACAAAAGAGAAAAAGGCACCCUGAGGAAGGCAGAGAAAAACCGGAGCAAGUGCGGCCCAAGCAUAAGAUGAAGAAAAGUUACGAGGAAAUGGAUUUAGACAAACCCCAGAGUGUCCCAGGGAAGAAGGUAGAGGUGGGAACAGUCAGUGUCAGUACAGAAAAGCUUAAGAAUAGAAAGGAGAAAAAAAGCCGAGAUGCAUUCUCUAAGAAAGAGGAACGUAAAUGUAGAAAAGAGAAAAAGGAUCAAGGCCAAGAAAGGAGAGAGGAGGGAAUGUUGUGGGACCAGUCUGUCCUUGGAUUUUGA